AUGGCAGCUCCUAUCUUUGAAGCCGAUGCAUGGGACUGGGAGGCAGGUAUCCGAGAAGUGGAAGGGAGGCUUCGUGAGGAGUUCCGUUCGGAGAUGGAGAGAAUCCUCACGGAGUGCACGGCGAGAAUCAACGGCUUGGAGUCUGAGCUGCACCGCUGGCAACGCCUAUCAGUGGAUUUCCCCGGUUCGGAGGCGGCCUCCACGAAGAAGGAUGCGGCAGUUCUGCCAAAGCCGACCACAGUAUCGGCUUCCCCGCAGGGUUUGGAGAGCAAGAAGGAGGCCCAGGAGAAGAAAGAGGAUGAUCUGCAACCAGUGGCAUUCACAGACUCACCUUGGAACCUGGUCCUUGUUUUAGGCCGUACCGGGGCCGGGUGGAUGGACAUCGUGCUCGCCUGCUGUGUGCUGAUCGCAAGUCAACUCUUGCAGCUUGCCUUCUGCUUCGUCUUGCUGACAGACGACUUCUUGGGAAGACCUCCUGAUGACAGGAUGCUGGAGACUGCCAGCAGGUGGAGAGAGGGCGCUGCGCAUGACUACAGGAAUCUGGAUUUCGAGGGCACCAGCCUGGUUGCCCGUGUGUGCAAUGGGGAUGGCUCCCUGAUCAAGUCCUCACAGCAGCAGUCUGUUGUUUCCCAGAUUAAUGCGUACUUGGGGCUAGAAGUCGCCCAAUUCAAUCCUGAAGGCUUGUCUGCUGGGACCGUGCUAUGCAUGCUGUGCAUCCUGUAUCACUGCCUCUGCGUCUGCACAGAGUUUCGCGGAGUGGCCCUGUCCUUGGAAGGCUUGUGGCGUGUGGAGUUGGGUGGCUCCCGGAUGCGCUUCGCGCUCUUCUACUUGGGGCGGCUCUUCAGGGUGAUCUUCUUGCUCAUCUUGCUGCUCGCCGGAAUCCAGUGGAUUGCAAACACCACCUCCAUCCAGCUCUUGGUGCUUCGGGCCCUGCCCCUCUUCGGCCUCGCGCGGGUGGACGGCAUCUUCUACGUGGCCGUCAUGCCCCGGAAAAUCCAGGCCUCCAUCAAGAAGCUGAAGCCCAUGCAGGUGCGCAACACGGUGUGGCUUAGCCAGGUGGAGUCCCUUGCCGUGGCGACCUUCAUCGUGGGGAUGAUGUUGUGGUCUUGGUCUCAGCUGGUUGCUCCGCUUGAGGACGUGAUGCUACGCCUGAAGUGGGAGUACUGCGGCGGCAAGCAGAACUUCGUGGUUGGUGUAAAUGAACAUCAUGGCAUGGCCGUGGGACGACAUACAGUCGACUUCCACAACAUUACGACGGACCACGUCCCCUUGGCAGUGCGCGAGUAUGCCUUCACCUCUCAUGAUCCCACGCACAUCUCGUUCCAUGGUUCCUCACGUGACUUUGAAAGAGGGCUUGUAGAGACGAUGGCGACGACCACAACAACUCACCUCAUGUGUGGAGACUUCGACGCUUGGUUUCUCCAAGGUCAGGGCGACCCCAUCCCGAGCCGCUAUGGCCCAUAUUGGUGGUCGGCAUCUGCUGUCUUAGGCAUGCCCGAAAGCAGCACUUGCAGCGACAUGGAAGAUCACUGCCAGGGAACCAACUCACAGCUGCUGCGGAUGGUCUGCGGAGUGACUUGCGGGUGCGUCGAGCCCCAGAGCAACGUCUUGUACAAGGUCCGGGCGCAGGGCUGCUUGAAGCGGUGCCUGGAUGAGGUGCCAAUGUGGAUCGACGACCUUCCCUGUGAGGACAUCGACACAGACGCGGAGGCGUGGCAGAGCUUCUGGAACCUCUACCCCGCGGCCGUGGAGAGCUUCUACGGCAUUAGCCAGAACCAGAGCCUCGAAAUCCGAAGUGCGGCCAGCGAGAUGAAGACCGAGGGCUGCGCCUUACUGGAGAUCAUACCCGACCUCUUGGAGGUAACCCUUUGCGAUGGCGACCCCCAGCUCUACGCUCCCCUGAGCCAGCUUUGCCCCAAGACGUGCUGCACCGCGGACACGAAGUUUUGCCCCUCAAGCUGCAGCCCUUAG